UUCUCCCGCCGGGGCAAGCGAUUCCGACAUGUCGUCUUCCUCCUCCGUCUUGAUUCCUCCGCCGCAAAGUCGCGGUAUCGUUCUUGCAUGUGGUCAACUCUGUCUGGAUUAUUUGGUCGCAGUGUCAUCGUUUCCGAAGCCUGAUGACAAGAUCGUGAGCACGAACUUCAAGGUUCAGGGAGGUGGAAACACUGGGAAUGCUUUAGCGUGCGCUGCUCGUUUGGGUUUGGCUUCCAGGAUCAUCGCUAAGGUUGCUGAUGAUUCUCAAGGGAAAUGGAUGCUGGAGGAGAUAGAAUCAUACGGUGUAGAUACUUCAUUUUGUUUGGUUUCUAAGGGAGGAACUUCACAUUUUAAUUACAUCAUCGUGGAUAACCAAACGAAUACCCGGACGUGUAUUUUCAUUCCUGGAUAUCCUCCCAUACUCCCAGACGACCUCUCUGAUUCUAUCCUUGAAACUGCGCUGGAUGAAGUAAGAGUUCUCUAUGCAAACGGAAGGUCCCGUGAAGCUGAGCUGCUUCUUGCACAAAAGGCUGCUAGCAAGAACAUUCCCAUUUUAGUCGAUCCUGAGAAAAAAAGAGGAGGAUUAGAUGAGCUCCUCUGCUUAGUUGACUAUGCUGUGUGCUCUGUCAACUUUCCUCAGGAGUGGACAGAGGCACCAUCGCUUCCCACUGCCCUCGUCUCCAUGCUCGUGAAAUUACCUAAGCUGAAAUUCGUCAUUGUGACCUUAGGAGAAGAAGGGUGCAUAAUGCUCGAGAGAUGUCCCAAUGACAUUUUAGAGUCGGAAGAAACAGACAUAGAGAGCUUACUCGAUUCUCUGAAGAAAAAGACAGACCAGACCAGUACACUGCCCAUCUGCAUCUCAUCGCGGGUGGCGAAACUGAAGGAAAAUGUAACCGGGAGGUUGUUUAUAGGAACAGCCGAGAAAAUCCCGGCAUCGGAGCUCAUAGACACAACUGGUGCAGGAGAUGCUUUCAUUGGAGCUCUUCUCUAUGGCUUAUGUGAAAGCAUGCCUCCUGAGAAAAUGUUGCCAUUUGCUUCCCGAGUCGCCGCUUGCUGCUGCAGAGGUUUAGGGCCGCGUUCCACUCUUCCGUUCCGUACAGAUCCACGGAUUGCAGCGUCCAUGCUUUAAAAGCACAAUCCUAGUUAUGACUGUGUAUGAUUGCAUUAUAUACGUUUAAAAUGAAAUAACUAUGUAAUAAGUUUGAAAUGAAAUAACUAUGUGAGGACGAUAAAUAUAAUGACGUUAAUGAAAUAA